AUCAGAUUUGCACAAGGACUACCACAACCUACUACCACUACUAGCCACGGGCCUACUCUCAUCAACCCGGAUUCUUCUUGAAUGAAUAAUACUUUAUAAUGGCAUAUCCCAUCGACAAGAUUCAGAAUUUCUACUCCCCUCGCCAACCCGUGCAACCCAUUCCGGAACAGACUCGAAUUCAGAUUGAUCGGCCCAAUACCCCAGAACGAAUUCGAGAGCGACAAGUCAAGAGUGUACGUCUCCUUACUUGCUGAGUGCGCGCCAUACCCGGUCCCUCCUCCGUUUUCCCAUAAACCUUCCGAUUCCGAAUUCUAUGUACGCGAUCCUAGGACGGGUGCGCUGAAGCCGAAUGUGGACCUGCUCAAGGAUCAUUUCCUCCAUGAGGGACGGCUAACAGAGUCUCAAGCCCUAUUCAUACUGGAGCAAACUACCGAUGCCAUGAAGAGUGAACCGAAUAUGCUUCGAAUUAAUGGUCCAGUCACUGGUAUGCUUCCUCUCCUUGAUAUAGUGUGCAGCUGCUCAUGCUGCACAGUUUGUGGGGAUAUACAUGGACAAUAUUAUGACCUUAUGAAAGUCUUCGAAGUCGGGGGAGAUAUCGGGUCUAAUCCUUACCUUUUUCUUGGAGACUAUGUUGACCGAGGUUGUUUUGGGAUCGAGUGUCUUCUUUACAUCUAUGCCCUCAAGCUCUGGUACCCCAACUCCCUCUGGCUCCUGCGUGGAAACCACGAGUGUGGACACCUGACCGCAUACUUCACCUUCAGACGAGAAUGUCUCCACAAGUAUUCGGAAACAGUAUAUGACGCGUGUAUCCGCUCUUUCUUCGCGUUACCGUUGACAGCACUCAUUGAUGGCAAAUUCUUCUGUGUACAUGGUGGUAUAUCACCCGAAUUGGACGUGUUAUCCGAUUUGGACAAGGUUGACCGAUACUGUGAACCUGCCUCAAGCGGACUUUUAUGUGACCUUCUAUGGGCAGACCCCAUCCCAAACUUCGGACACGAGCAAGAGCCAUCUUACGAACGACCACAAGGCCUACCUCCAGGAACGUUAUGGGAGCACAAUGGUACCCGAGGCUGCAGUUAUUACUACACGUACGAGGCUGCGUGCAAGUUCCUGGAGCGAAAUCAGCUGUUGGGAAUCAUCCGAGGACACGAAGCGCAGGACGCUGGAUAUACCAUGCAUCGUAAAACACCAUCAAAGAAGUUCCCGUCUGUCAUUACCAUUUUCAGUGCGCCAAAUUAUCUAGACGUAUACCACAACCGCGGAGCGGUUAUCAAGUAUAAAGACAAGAACAUAACGAUCCGACAAUACAAUGCCACCGCCCACCCUUAUUGGCUCCCCAACUUCAUGGACGCCUUCACCUGGUCUCUGCCCUUCGUCGGCUCCAAGAUCACCGACAUGCUCCUCGCGAUCCUCUCCAUUUGUACUGAAGACGAGUUGGAAGAUGACGGAUCAUCACAAGGUGACGAAGAUGAUGCAAGGACGUUGGGUGAUAUGACUCUCUCGCCAAGUGAGGCCGCUGCCAGGCGUCAACAGAUCAAGAAUAAGAUUCUCGCGGUUGGUAAGAUGCAGAGGGUAUUCCAACUCUUGCGUGAGGAAGCGGAGCAUGCCACAGAACUUAUGACAGCUGCACCAACGCCCUUACCUACACCAAUUGGUGGACCCCCUCCACCAACCUCAUGGCCUGGCGGGUUCGCCCAGCCAGAUGCACUCGGCGUGCAUGUCAACGAACUCAAACGAUACAUCCGCUCCUUCGACGAUGCUCGUAAAUCGGAUCUAGUCAAUGAACGUAUGCCUACAUUCACACCGACUGCGCUGCCCCUUGUACCUGUUCCAAGUAUGAAGCUACCUCGGCUGACUCAGGAGAGUAGUAUGCAUACAGGCGACACCCCUGCGCAGAAUAUGGAAGAGCUGAUUAGGAAAGCGUUGGAAGAGGAAGGAUUGAGCGAUGGGGGUGUUGUUGAAAGGAUCGCUGAGAAGAUCGCGAGAAGUAGUAAGGCGAGCAGUCGGCCUAGUGCAUUGAGACGAUUCGAAACUGUCGGAUGAGCUAUGGGGAGAUCAGAGAAGAAGGGGUACGGAGAAUCUGCAUGUGAUUUAGUAUGCUUCCUGUGACUUGUGUAUCUGUAUAUGUUGUAAUUGUCUAUGCUUUAUAUCUGUGUACGAUUACUACCACCUACUAUGCAAUCUGGAUUGUCAAUGGCUACAACA